UUUUAUAAUUGCUGUCCUAAUCUCAUUUUUGUAUAUAUAUGCAUCAGUAAUCUGGUGUAUUUUUACAAAGCACCACAACGGUAUUGUAUUACAGCAAUAUCAUUAAUUUAAAUAUAAAUUUAUAUCAGCCUUUCCAAUAUUGAGUCAAUAUUCCAACAAUGUCCUCGAAUGGCCAAAUUCAGCAGCAGCAGGACCAGCAGGCAAAGUCUAACAAGCAACAUUUCGAUACACUCGCUCUUCAUGCUGGCCACAGCCCUGACACUUCUUCUAAUUCUCGUGCUGUCCCCAUCUACCAGUCAGCCGCCUUUGUUUUUCGCAGCGCCGAACAUAUAGCCAAUCUGUUUUCCUUCAAGGAAGAAGGGCAUACGUACGGGCGCAUGGGAAACCCAACUAACGAUGUAUUCGAGAAGCGUAUCACCGCUCUCGAGGGUGGUGUAGGCGCCCUUGCUACUUCCUCCGGCCAGUCUGCUCAAUUUGUGGUUGCCAGUACCCUCUGCGAGGCCGGCUCAAACAUUAUAAGCAGCAGCUGUGUCUAUGGUGGCACUUACAACCAGUUCAAGGUUGCACUCCCACGCCUGGGCAUUAAUGUCAAGUUUGUCAAUGGUGACGAUGCUGCCAAAAUUGAGUCUCUUAUCGACGAUAACACUCGCGCAGUGUUUAUCGAAACAAUUGGCAACCCCAAGUACAAUGUGCCUGAUAUCCGCGCUAUUGCCAACGUUGCUCACAAGCAUGGCGUGCCGUUGGUUGUUGACAACACUUUUGGCAUGGGUGGCUAUCUUGCUCGCCCAAUCGAGCAUGGUGCUGACAUUGUCACCCAUUCGGCGACCAAGUGGAUUAAUGGGCAUGGUACUGCAAUUGGCGGUGUUGUUGUUGAUGCUGGCACAUUCCCCUGGAACAAUGGCCGCUUCCCUUGCUUUACUGAGCCUUCUCCUGGAUAUCACGGUCUCAAGUUCUGGGACACAUUUGGUCCUGAAAGCUCAUUUGGCACCAAUGUCGCCUUCAUUUUCCGUGCUCGCGCUGAGGCUAUGCGUGACUUUGGGCCCACCGCUGCUCCAUUCUCAUCAUGGCUGUUUGUGCAGGGCCUGGAGACUUUGCCUCUGCGCGGCGAACGCCAUAACACAAAUGCAUUGGCGCUGGCUAGGUGGCUGGCACAGCAUCCUGCUGUCUCGUGGGUGUCAUACCCAGGCCUCGAGGAUCACCCAUAUCAUGAGAAUGCCAAAAAGUAUCUGCACAACGGCUUUGGCGGUAUGCUGAGCUUUGGUAUCAAGGGUGGGGUUGAGGCAGGCAAUACGUUUAUGGCAUCUCUCAAGCUCACAUCGCAUCUGGCCAAUGUGGGUGAUGCCAAAACGUUGGCAAUUCAGCCUGCUACAACCACCCAUGUGCAGCUGUCGCCCGAGGAACAGCUCUCUGCUGGUGUUACCCCCGAUCUUAUACGCAUAUCUGUUGGUCUGGAGAAUAUCGAAGACAUCAAGGACGAUUUUGAGGCCGCUCUUUUGGAAUCCUCUUUUUGCUUUGGGCGAAUUCCUUUUGAAAGGUGAGAAGCGAAGUAUCAUGGAAAAAAGUUGGCAAUCGAUGGCGCCAUCUCCAAUUCCGUCAUUUGUGCAGACUGCAGCGCCAUACGUCUGCUGCUGCUACACUCGUCUUCUACUGAGGGUAGUGCAGAGCACAUUAGAAAAUUCGAAAAGCAAUUGGAAGGGUCUAAGCGUAUGGAAUGCACGCAUUUUUAAGUUGUCAGUAGACGCCAGCGGGUAAUGUCGGAACAGGCAAUUACAGUUCCAAAAAUAAAGAAAUAGAGAGCAGAUGGGUGGGGUGGUGUUAUUGAGUAAUGUACAAGAGAAAUUAAGAGUGUAAGGGAUACAAAAUUAUGCGUAUCAGUUGGCUGAGAAG